AUGGCUUGUCGUUUAUCUCUUCACAUUUGUUGGUAUCCACGAACUAUUAUAUAUCAACAAUUUUUUCUUCGUUCAUCGUUUUCUACCAUACCAAGCGCAGAUAAUGUAACACAAUCCCAUCGAUCAGCUUCUCGUUUUUCCGUUAAAAUUGCUCGAUUUCUUUUUUCCAAAAAUCGUCUUAAACCAUAUGCACGUUUAUCUACUCAUCCACAUUAUACAAAAACAGAAAGUCCUGGUGAUAUUCAUGAGUUAGCACGUGAUUUUAUUCUUUCACUCGAACCAGAACAUCGACGAAUUCUUUCCAAUGAAUUAAUUGAAUUAGAAAAAUUAUCAACAGCAACAACUGGUACAAUACCAGUUCUUUCUUCACAAUUAGCUAUUAUUUUUCUUGAAACUGGACUUCCAUAUAUUGGUUUUGGUUUUGUUGAUAAUUUUGUUAUGCUUGUUGCUGGCGAAACAAUUGAAACAUUUUUUGGUGUUGCUUUUUGUCUUUCUACAAUGGGAGCCGCCGCUUUGGGAAAUGCGGUCAGUGAUGUAAUGGGCGUUGGUCUUGCUGACCGUAUUGAACGAACAUGUGGACGAUUUUUAGGUAUGUUUGGAGUUAAACAACCUAAAUUAACGUCUGAUCAAUGGGGACAACGAUCAGUACAGAUAACUCAAUUGAUGUCGAAAGUUAUUUGUAUUUUUGUUGGUUGUUUAUUAGGAAUGUGUCCAUUACUCUUUCGUAAUACUUCUUCUACCAAUAAAAAACAGUCGACAGACAAAGACGAAUAA